CUGCACCCUAUCGGUGUCCUUGAUCUUAUCCAAUCUGAGUACUACGCGAUAUAAGACACUGGCGAAUCCCGAUACAGCGAAGCUCGCAGCAGCGACCGAGGAGGAGUCGGAGCGGGGAUGGGCGGUGCCGCGGGUCGACCUCCUCUUACCGGCCUUUUGCCGCUGACACUGUUGCUGCUGCUGCCGGCAUUGCCGAUGGAGUCUGCCCACGAAUCGCACCUGCGCAGGCGCCCCGCAAUCUUCAACUUCGGCGACUCCAACUCCGACACUGGGGGCCUCGCCGCCGGCCUCGGCUUAUUCCUCGCGCAGCAGGAGGGUCGCGCCUUCUUCCACCGCCCCUCCGGCCGCCUCUGCGACGGUCGCCUCGUCAUCGAUUUCCUGUGCGAGAGCUUGAAGUCCAGCUAUCUGAGCCCGUACAUGGAAUCGCUGGGGUCGGACUUCAGGAACGGAGCCAACUUUGCGGUGAUCGGCUCCUGUACGCGGCCACCCAACGUGCCCUUCUCCUUGGCCGUCCAAGUGCAGCAGUUCCUCCGUUUCAAGUUGCGAUCUUUGGAGCUCGUUGCUCAAGGUGCAAAGGGCCUCACUGAUGCAGAGGGAUUCCAGAAUGCGUUGUAUGCUAUCGACAUAGGGCAGAACGAUCUGGCAGCAGCCUUCUCUGCAAAUUUAACCUAUGCUAAGGUUAUCCGCAAAAUUCCAUCCGUCAUCCAUGAGAUAAAGAAAGCUAUCAAGAAUUUGUAUGAUAAUGGAGGAAAAAACUUUUGGGUACACAACACUGGCCCCUUAGGAUGUUUACCUCAAAAGCUUGCUCUGCCACACAAAAAUAACAGCAGUCUUGAUCCAUAUGGAUGUCUGAUUCCCUUCAACAAUGCUGCCAAGGAAUUCAAUGCCCAAUUGAGUGCACUUUGUGAUGAACUGAAUUCAAAGUUGAAGAAUGCCACCAUUGUUUAUACUGAUAUCUAUUCUAUCAAAUAUGACCUCAUUGCUAAUUUCACCAAAUACGGCUUUGAGACUGCAUUGAUGGCAUGUUGCGGCUAUGGUGGACCUCCAUACAACUUCAAUCAGACAAUGGAGUGUGGUUCUUUCGGCUCCCAAGUUUGCCCUCUUGGUUCCAAGUAUAUUAGUUGGGAUGGAGUUCAUUACACAGAGGCUGCCAAUGCCAUAGUGGCUUCCAAAAUACUCACAACAAAGUAUUCAAAACCCAAUCUUGCCUUUGAUUACUUCUGCACUGCUUGAUUUUGUAUGCUUUAGAUUUACUUGUUAAGCUUGAGUGGAUCGCUAGUAGUUCAAAUUUAUGUUGCCAGGAACAACAAUUACUAUAGCCUACGUUCCUCGAGGGAAAGAAACCAAAUCAAAAUAGAUGACAUUUCCUUGCAUCUUUGCUGUCUAGAGAGUUGAGGUUGUAGUUCACUCUCAUUGUUUAUCAUCAAAAAGAACCAUUUUUGGUUGCUCAUCUGGCACAAAAACUGUAUCUUUAAUGAAUGACAUGCACUCACUAUUGUUUCAAACAUUACAUGGUUCAUCUUGAAAGUUA